AUGGGGCAAGAGCCGCGUCCCUCAGCGCGUCCGGGCCAUGGAGCCACCGCUGCCACUUCCUCCCGCACUGCCCUCUUAUCUGGCUGCCGCCCCCGCCCACCCUCAGGGCUGUCGCGCCAGCCGGCUCGCGCCCCCCCCAGCCCCCCUGCUCCCUGCUCCGCAGCUGCCACCACCACAGCCGCGUCCCCUGAGCCGCUCCUCCUCCCUGUGUAUUAUUCUUUAGUUGCUGUUCUUUUGGGAAGCAUUCUCUGGCACCUAAGAUUGGGUCUAGGGCCCAAAUAUGGAUGUGUUUGCUACUUUUCAACAAGUUCUCGUCACCAUACGAAAUUUUAUAACAAUCCAGUGGAAGCUGUAAAAGACAUCCCUGAUGGUGCAACCAUUCUGGUUGGUGGUUUUGGACUAUGUGGAAUUCCAGAGAAUCUUAUAGGAGCUCUGCUGAAGACUGGAGUAAAAGGACUAACUGCAGUCAGCAACAAUGCAGGGGUCGACAACUUUGGCUUGGGCCUUUUACUUCGAUCCAAGCAGAUAAAACGGAUGAUCUCUUCAUAUGUAGGGGAAAAUGCAGAGUUUGAACGACAGUUCUUAUCUGGUGAAUUAGAAGUAGAGCUGACACCUCAGGGCACACUUGCAGAGAGGAUUCGCGCAGGAGGGGCUGGAGUUCCUGCAUUUUACACCAGCACAGGGUAUGGGACCCUGGUGCAAGAAGGAGGCGCACCUAUCAAAUACAACAAGGAUGGCACCAUUGCCAUUGCUAGUAAGCCAAGAGAGGUGAGGGAGUUCAAUGGCCAGCGGUUUAUUCUGGAACAAGCAAUUACAGGGGAUUUUGCUUUGGUGAAAGCCUGGAAAGCAGACCAAGCAGGAAAUGUGAUUUUCAGGAAAAGUGCAAGGAAUUUCAAUUUCCCAAUGUGCAAAGCUGCAGAAACCACAGUAGUAGAGGUCGAAGAAAUUGUGGAUAUUGGAUCAUUUGCUCCAGAAGAUAUCCAUAUUCCUAAGAUUUAUGUACAUCGCCUUAUAAAGGGAGAAAAAUAUGAGAAAAGAAUUGAGCGUUUAUCAAUCCGGAAGGAAAGUGCUGGAAAAACCAAAUCUGAUAAGCCUGGAGAUAAUGUAAGGGAACGUAUCAUCAGACGGGCGGCUCUUGAAUUUGAGGACGGCAUGUAUGCUAAUUUGGGCAUAGGAAUCCCUCUUCUGGCUAGCAACUUUAUAAGCCCGAAUAUGACUGUUCAUCUUCAAAGUGAAAAUGGAGUGCUGGGUUUGGGUCCAUAUCCAUUAGAACAUGAAGCUGAUGCAGAUCUAAUCAAUGCAGGCAAGGAAACAGUUACUGUUCUUCCAGGAGCCUCUUUUUUCUCCAGCGAUGAAUCAUUUGCGAUGAUUAGAGGGGGACAUGUCAAUUUAACAAUGCUAGGAGCAAUGCAGGUUUCCAAAUAUGGUGACCUAGCCAACUGGAUGAUACCUGGGAAGAUGGUGAAAGGAAUGGGAGGUGCUAUGGAUUUAGUGUCCAGUGCCAAAACCAAAGUUGUGGUCACUAUGGAACAUUCUGCAAAGGGAAAUGCACAUAAAAUCAUGGAAAAAUGUACAUUACCACUGACUGGAAAGCAAUGUGUCAACCGCAUUAUUACAGAAAAGGCUGUGUUUGACGUGGACAAGAAGAAAGGCCUGACUCUGAUUGAGCUCUGGGAAGGCAUGACAGUAGAUGACAUAAAAAAGAGCACUGGGUGUGAUUUUGCAGUUUCACCAAAACUUAUACCAAUGCAGCAGAUCACGACUUGAAAUGUGAAACAGACAUUUGUUUUUCAUUUAAAACAUAGGAUUUAAUUGAAAGGACAUCAGGAUCACAAUUAUAUAUUUAACAAGAUGUUUUUGAUACAUUUUCUUUUAGUGUUUCGGAACUUGUACAACUACAUAGACUUUGUUCUCUCAAGCAUGUUAUGACAUUUUAAUGAAAACAAAAGAAAAGUAUUUAUGCUUACCUUGUUUCCUAAGUGCUGAGAAGGUUGUCCUUACCAUUGGUGCUCAAAUGGAUAUACUCUUACCUUUAUUUUGUAUGGUGUGUAUGCUAAAUUAUAUGCAGUAUCCACUAAGGUGGGCCCUAGCAGGAGUUUCACUGAAUUAUGACUUAAUAGUCCUAAAAGAAAAAUAACCUGUAUAUGAAUUUUUUAUUAGGAGGAAGGAUCUCUUAAUGAUUAACCUUCAACCUUUUCUGAUUUUUUUUUUUUAGAGGCUCUGAUUUUGUGAUUGCUUCUUAUCUCCCUAGGUUAUCCCCCUCCUCCCAUUCUUUUUGUAGCUAAAUAGAAACCCAAGAAGACAAGCAGAAGUGUCUCUGGGUAGAAAGGUAACUGGUUUGUGAAAGAAACAAGACGGGAUAGGCUGGAUUGGUGCUAAAAUCUCACCAAAAAGUUGCCUUUAUCCAACCAUCUAUUUGUGCUUCACCAAAAUCUAAGUUAAAUAUAAGAAGGGGGCUGGAAACCUAACCAACUUGAAUAGUUUUCAGAUUUUAAAACAAUAUAGUAUUUCUUUAGAUCCAGAAAGAUCCUUAAGAUUCUUUCACUGUUGCUGAGGUCCAGCGGUCUACUUGUGCUCACUUGUUAAUUACUCACAGAAGGUCUGUGAAUAAUUAAUUUAUCAUUAGUCCUUAGUCACAAUGACAGCAGAGUUCACAGAUAUAAAAAUAACAGAUACUUAAUUUUUAGGCUCGCAUUUCUAUUCAGAAAAAUUCUAAAUAUUGAAGGACUUUCUACGGAAUAGUGUUUUUGAGGUUUGUUUUGUUUUGUGCUUUUGCCUAGGCUACUUAUUUCCUGAAGUACUUCUAAUUUAGCCUUAUCUAGGUAGAGGAAAUAAUGAUGGGCAAGACCUGGAUUUGAAGAAUCGGUGAACUU